AUGGCCGGCGCCCUGCUAGCGCCCGCCCUGAUCGCAGCGGCGUACUACGGAAACCAAUUCCUGAGCACGCACGGCCCGAUCGUGAAUUACUGGGCCGGUGGCAUCCACGUUGUCUCAUGGCUGGCGCAAUUUGUCGGCCAUGGCGCGUUCGAGAAGCGCGCUCCCGCCCUCCUGGAUAACCUGGUCCAAGCUUUGUUACUGGCCCCGCUAUUCGUCUGGAUGGAAAUUUUGUUCUUCUUUGGGUACCGGCCAGAGCUGAAGGAGCGCUUCGACAAGGGUGUUCAGGUGGAAAUUGAGAAGUUCCGAAAGCAGCGGAAGGAGAGCGAGGGCAAGGAGAAGCAGUAG